CAUAAAUUUGGGAGAGAAAAAAAAAGUAAAGAAAGAAAAAAAAGACAGCUAAAUUCAUCCCUAGCUCCUUGUAUAAAUAGUGCCCUUGUUCCUUCCGAAAACAGAGCUCUCAUUUGCAAAUUUAUUUUUGAAUAAUGACAACAAUGUCUAAAGCCACUUCUCUUGUGUUCAAAGUAGAAAGAUGUGAACCAGAACUAAUUGUUCCAACAAAACCAACACCCCAUGAAUGGAAACAACUUUCUGAUAUUGAUGACCAACAAAGCUUUAGAAUUCAAGUUCCAUUGAUUCAUUUUUACCCACAAAAUCCAAAUAUGGAAGGGAGAGAUCCAGUGAAAGUGAUAAAAGAGGCAGUUUCAAAGACAUUGGUUUUUUACUAUCCUUUUGCAGGCAGAGUUAGAGAAAGGUUUGGUAAGAAGCUAUUUGUGGAAUGCACAGGUGAAGGAGUCUUGUUCAUUGAGGCAAAUGCAGAUGUUAGUCUACAACAGUUUCAAGAUUCUUCUUCUCUUCAGCCUCCAUUUCCAUGCAUGGAUCAACUUCUUUAUGAUGUUCCAGAUUCUGAUGGGAUUCUUGAUUCUCCAUUGUUGCUCAUUCAGGUAACGAGACUCAAAUGUGGUGGUUUUAUCUUCGCUGUUCGUUUUAAUCAUACAAUCACCGAUGGCAUUGGUAUGGCUCAAUUCCUAAAGGCCAUAGCUGAGAUGGCUCGUGGAGCUCUUGCACCAUCCGUUCUUCCGGUAUGGAAAAGAGCUCUUUUAAAUUCAAGGGACCCUCCGAGAGUCACUUGCCUUCAUCAUGAAUAUGAUGAAGUUAACGACGUAAACGACACUACAAUUACCCUCGACAAUAUGGUUCAACACUCAUUCUUCUUUGGGCUGACCGAGAUAUCUAUCAUUCGCAAAACUUUACCCACACACUUCCACAAUUACCCCUCAGCCGAGCUACUCAUGAUAUUCAUUUGGCGCCUUCGUACCAUAGCCCUUCAACUUAGCCCAGAAGAGGAAGUGCGUUUGCUUUGCCUUGUCAAUUUACGCACCAAGUUUAACUAUUUACCAUUAGGGUAUUAUGGGAAUGCAUUUGCUUUCCCUGCAGCAGUCACUACUGCAGCUAAGCUUUCCCAGAAUUCUUUAGGUUAUGCUAUUGAAUUAGUUGAGAAUAGUAAGGCUAAGGUGACAGAGGAGUACGUCAAGUCUAUGGUGGAUUUUAUGACGGUCAAAGGACGACCCCAUUUUACUGUGGUUGGGUCAUUCCUUAUGGCAGAUUUGACUGAAGCUGGAUUUGAGGAUGUAGACUUUGGAUGGGAAAAGGCCAUAUUUGCCGGACCCGCUAUCGGAAAAGUUGGACUUGUGCCUGGUUUGAUAAGCUUUUGUAUACCUUCUAAGACGAGACAUGGGGAAAAAGGAAUUGUGGUGCCUCUUUGCUUGCCAGCUCCAGCCAUGGAAAGGUUGGCAGAAGAACUUGAUGCCUUGUUGAAGAUAUAAGAUCCUUUCGAAAUUGAAAACACUACAAGCUAUCGUUGUUUUUAAAUGGUUUGCUACACUUAUCUUUAUGCAUUAUUGUAAUAGUAAAAAUGAAAUGAAAAUAGAAAAUAAUUUUUUUUAUAAAAAAAUUUGUAGCGUAAUAACUUGUGAUUGAAUAUUUGGAUACAUUCCAAAAAGUUUAGUCAUAGUAUGGGAAUGUGCCAAGUAUACUUUUUUUUUUUUUUGGCAAAUAAGGCAUUUAUACUUACUUUAUAAUCACAUAAAUGUCGUUUUUAAUAGCUUUCCUGAUUUCAAUUAUUGUUACUUUUUUUAUCCAAACAUUAAAAAUAUAAUGGUGUAUAUGAAUUAUAUAGUGGUAUUAUUGUUUUAAGCUAAGUUGAUCAAAUUAUUUGUAU